UCUCAGUUGUUCAUUUAUUAGAAGUUUACUCGCUGGAGGUUAUUUUUCGUUUUAAUAGUGUGUGUGUGUUGGGGGUAGCAAUUACAGCACCUACCUCACAGGGGUCCACAUAAAGAUCACAAGCUUACUUACACCAGCCUGUCCAAUAGUAAUAUAAUGCAAACCACAUGAAACAUUAAAAUUCAUCCAGCACUCACAUUUAAAAAAAUAAAAAGAAACAAAUGAAACUAAUAUUUACUCCAAUAUAUCAAAAAUAUUACCACUUCAACAUGCAACCAAUAAAUUAGUAGAUGUUUUACAUUCUUUUCUGGUAAAGAAGACCUACAUCUGCGGUCGACUAGCACAUCUCAAUUGAGAAGGGCCAUAUUUUAAGGGCUCAAUAGCUACACAGGGCUGGUGGCCGCUGUGUUGAACAGCGCAGCCCUAGACAGUGUCUAGCGCGUAGUAGGUGCUGAGAGCUAACUCUUGAGAGCAGAAGCAUGGUUGCUAUUGUCAUACCUCCUCUGGAAUAAACCUGUCCGGUGGGUCCUUUAGAAGAGAUGUCUACAUUUUGGCAUAAAUUAAUAGGGUUUUCUUUAAGCCAGCCACUUACUUGGCCUCCAUAUUUUUAAUUCACCGCUACAAGGUACGGUACAAGGUUGCAAUCUAUGCAAAUGACCAAUUUACAUAAGUGGAGCCCCUGUCCCCCAUCCCAGUAUCUGGUGGUCCCAGUUCCGGGUGUGCGGAAGGAGGUGGGGUCCGUGGUCUCCCCACAUGCGCUGGGCCCUGCACCACUGAUGCGGAGCAAAAGCAGGCGAGUGGGAAGGUCCUUUAAACAUGGGAGGGAAGUGGAAAACGGACGCUGAGCCCUCCAGAGAACAAUUACGGCCGUGGGGUAGGGCCACGUUUAGAGGGCGGUGGGUGCCAGAGAGGGCAACAAUGGAGGCGGGCAAAUUCCAAGAGCCGGGAGGUUCUGCCAAGUUAAGCGAGCGUCCGCAGCCUCGGCGCGCGGGGCCUCGGCGCGCGGGGCCGCGAGGGUCGCCGAGGCGCGGGGCCGCGGCGGUCGAACGCCGGGAUCCCGUCCAAGAGCUGGGCCGCAAACACCGCCUUGGCCUGCGCCGCCGCGUCCGCUGUCUCCUGGCUCCUGAGUGGCUAGGGGGCCGGGAUUAACCUUUCACCGCCGCGCUCUGUCCAAUCACAGGCUCCCUCUCAUGCCGGUGCGGGACGAGCGGAGAGUGGGGGCGCGGAGGGGGCGGCGCGGGCGCCGGUGGGAUUCUGCAAGCCGCGGUGCGCCGUUGCCGCGGGCCGUGCGAGGGCUGCGGGCGAGCCGGGCGCUGCGCAGUCUCCGCAGGCGCCGGCGGGAGGGGUCGAGGCGGAGGCGCGGCGCGGCGCAGGCUGCUCUAGGCCCAGGUGAAUGGAGUAACCUGACAGCGGGGACGAGGCGACGGCGAGCGGGAGGAAAUGGCGGCGGCGGCGGCGGCGCCGGGCGGCACCGGGAGGCCUGGGCUGUGACGCGCGCGCCGGAACGGGGUCCGAUGGUUCUCGAAGGCCCGCGGCGCCCCGUCCUGCAGGUCGAACUGCUUGAAGCAGCUCUGGAUCAUAAUACCAUAGUCUGUUUGAACACUGGCUCAGGGAAGACGUUUAUUGCAGUACUACUCACUAAAGAGCUGUCCUAUCAGAUCAGGGGAGACUUCAGCACGCAUGGAAAGAGGACGGUGUUCUUGGUCAACUCUGCAAACCAGGUUGCUCAACAAGUGUCAGCUGUCAGAACUCAUUCAGAUCUCAAGGUUGGGGAAUACUCAAACCUAGAAGUAAAUGCAUCUUGGACAAAAGAGAAAUGGAACCAAGAGUUUGCUAAGCACCAGGUUCUCGUUAUGACUUGCUUUGUCGCCUUGAAUGUUUUGAAAAAUGGUUACUUAUCACUGUCAGACAUUAACCUUUUGGUGUUUGAUGAGUGUCACCUUGCAAUCCUAGACCACCCCUACCGAGAAAUUAUGAAGCUCUGUGAAAGCUGUCCAUCAUGCCCUCGUAUUUUGGGACUAACUGCUUCCAUUUUAAACGGAAAAUGUGAUCCAGAGGAAUUGGAAGAGAAGAUUCAGAAACUGGAGAAGAUUCUUAAGAGUAAUGCUGAAACUGCAACUGACUUGGUGGUCUUAGACAGAUACACUUCUCAGCCAUGUGAGAUUGUGGUAGACUGUGGACCAUUUACGGACAGAAGUGGGCUUUAUGAAAGACUGCUGAUGGAAUUAGAAGAAGCACUUAAUUUUAUCAAUGACUGUAACAUAUCUGUACAUUCGAAAGAAAGAGAUUCUACUUUAAUUUCUAAACAGAUACUGUCAGACUGUCGUGCGGUGUUGGUGGUUCUGGGCCCCUGGUGUGCAGAUAAAGUAGCUGGGAUGAUGGUAAGAGAACUGCAGAAGUACAUCAAACACGAACAAGAGGAGCUGCACAGGAAAUUUCUAUUGUUUACAGACACUUUCCUACGGAAAAUACAUGCACUAUGUGAAGAGCACUUCUCACCUGCCUCUCUUGACCUGAAAUUUGUAACUCCUAAAGUCAUCAAACUGCUGGAAAUCUUACGCAAAUACAAACCAUAUGAGCGACAGCAGUUUGAAAGCGUUGAGUGGUACAAUAACAGGAAUCAGGAUAAUUACGUGUCUUGGAGUGAUUCUGAGGAUGAUGAUGAGGAUGAAGAAAUUGAAGAAAAGGAGAAGCCAGAGACGAAUUUUCCUUCUCCGUUUACCAAUAUUUUAUGCGGAAUUAUUUUUGUGGAAAGAAGAUACACAGCAGUUGUCUUAAACAGAUUGAUAAAGGAAGCGGGCAAACAAGAUCCAGAGCUGGCUUACAUCAGCAGCAAUUUCAUAACUGGACACGGCAUCGGAAAGAACCAGCCUCGUAACAAGCAGAUGGAAGCAGAGUUCAGAAAACAGGAGGAGGUACUGAGGAAAUUUCGAGCACAUGAGACCAACCUGCUUAUUGCAACAAGUAUUGUGGAAGAAGGUGUUGAUAUUCCAAAGUGCAACUUGGUGGUUCGCUUUGAUUUGCCCACAGAGUAUCGAUCUUACGUUCAAUCUAAGGGCAGAGCAAGGGCACCGAUCUCUAACUAUAUAAUGUUAGCAGAUACAGACAAAAUAAAAAGUUUUGAAGAAGACCUUAAAACAUACAAAGCUAUCGAAAAGAUCUUGAGAAACAAAUGUUCCAAAUCAGUUGAUACUGGUGAGACUGACGUUGAGCCUGUUGUGGACGAUGAUGACAUUUUCCCACCGUACGUGUUGAGGCCCGAUGAUGGUGGUCCACGAGUCACAAUCAACACGGCCAUCGGACACAUCAAUAGAUACUGUGCUAGAUUACCAAGUGAUCCGUUUACUCAUCUAGCUCCUAAAUGUAGAACCCGAGAGUUGCCUGAUGGUACAUUUUAUUCAACUCUUUAUCUGCCAAUUAACUCACCUCUUCGAGCCUCCAUUGUUGGUCCACCAAUGAGCUGUAUACGACUGGCUGAAAGAGUUGUAGCUCUUAUUUGCUGUGAAAAACUGCACAAAAUUGGUGAACUGGAUGACCAUUUGAUGCCAGUCGGGAAAGAAACCGUGAAAUAUGAAGAAGAGCUUGACUUACAUGACGAAGAAGAGACCAGUGUGCCAGGCAGACCGGGCUCCACAAAACGAAGGCAGUGCUACCCCAAAGCAAUUCCAGAAUGUCUGAGGGAUAGCUAUCCCAAACCUGAUCAGCCCUGUUACCUGUAUGUGAUAGGAAUGGUUCUAACGACACCGUUACCUGAUGAACUGAACUUCAGAAGGCGGAAACUUUAUCCCCCUGAGGAUACCACGAGAUGCUUUGGAAUACUGACAGCCAAACCCAUACCUCAGAUCCCGCACUUCCCUGUGUACACGCGCUCGGGAGAGGUUACCAUCUCUAUUGAGCUGAAGAAGUCUGGCUUCACAUUGUCUCUGCAAAUGCUCGAGUUGAUUACAAGACUUCACCAGUAUAUAUUCUCACAUAUUCUUCGCCUUGAAAAACCUGCACUAGAAUUUAAACCCACAGACGCUGACUCAGCAUACUGUGUUCUACCUCUGAAUGUUGUUAAUGACUCCAGCACUUUGGACAUUGACUUUAAAUUCAUGGAAGACAUUGAAAAAUCUGAAGCUCGCAUAGGCAUUCCCAGUACAAAGUAUUCAAAAGAAACACCCUUUGUUUUUCAAUUGGAAGAUUACCAGGAUGCAGUUAUCAUUCCAAGGUAUCGAAAUUUCGAUCAGCCUCAUAGAUUUUAUGUAGCUGAUGUGUACACUGAUCUUACCCCACUGAGUAAAUUUCCAUCCCCUGAGUAUGAAACUUUUGCAGAAUAUUAUAAAACGAAGUAUAACCUUGACCUGACCAAUCUCAACCAGCCGCUGCUGGAUGUGGACCACACAUCUUCAAGACUGAACCUUUUGACCCCUCGCCAUUUGAAUCAGAAGGGGAAAGCUCUUCCUUUAAGCAGUGCUGAAAAGAGGAAAGCCAAAUGGGAAAGUCUGCAGAACAAGCAGAUACUGGUUCCAGAGCUCUGUGCUAUCCACCCAAUCCCAGCGUCACUGUGGAGAAAAGCAGUCUGUCUCCCCAGCAUACUUUAUCGUCUUCACUGCCUUUUGACCGCGGAGGAGCUAAGAGCCCAGACGGCCAGCGAUGCUGGCGUGGGAGUCAGAGCCCUUCCUGUGGAUUUUAGAUACCCUAACUUAGACUUCGGAUGGAAAAAAUCUAUUGACAGCAAAUCUUUCAUCUCAGUUGCUAACUCCUUUUCAGCUGAAAAUGAUAAUUACUGUAAGCACAGCACAAUUGUAGUCCCUGAAAAUGCUGCACAUCAAGGUGCUACUAGAACCUCCUCUCGAGAAAACCAUGACCAAAUAUCUGUGACCUGCAGAACGUUAUUCAGUGAAUCACCCGGGAAGCUCCCAAUUGAAGUUUCAACAGAUCUGACAGCAAUUAAUGGUCUUUCUUACAAUAGAAACCUUGCCAAUGGCAGUUACGAUUUAGCUAACAGAGACUUUUGCCAAGGAAAUCAGCUGAAUUACUACAAGCAGGAAAUACCUGUACAACCAACUACCUCAUAUCCCAUCCAGAAUUUAUACAAUUAUGAGAACCAGCCCAAGCCCAGCGAUGAAUGUACUCUACUGAGUAAUAAAUACCUUGAUGGAAAUGCUAACAGAUCUACCUCAGAUGGAAGUCCCAUGGGGGCCGCUUUGCCUGGUACUACAGAAGCUGUUACGGCGCUCAAGGACAGGAUGGAUCCUGAGCAGAGCCCUUCUACUGGGUAUUCCUCGAGGACUCUCGGCCCAAAUCCUGGACUGAUUCUUCAGGCGUUGACCCUUUCCAAUGCCAGCGAUGGAUUUAACCUGGAGCGGCUUGAAAUGCUUGGUGACUCCUUUUUAAAGCAUGCCAUCACCACGUAUCUAUUUUGCACUUAUCCUGAUGCUCAUGAGGGCCGCCUUUCAUAUAUGAGAAGCAAAAAGGUCAGCAACUGUAACCUGUAUCGGCUUGGAAAAAAAAAGGGACUGCCCAGCCGCAUGGUGGUGUCAAUAUUUGAUCCUCCUGUGAAUUGGCUUCCUCCUGGUUAUGUAGUAAAUCAAGACAAAAGUAACACAGAUAAAUGGGAAAAAGAUGACAUGACAAAAGACUGCAUGUUGGCUAAUGGCAAGCUGGAGGACGACUUUGAGGAGGAGGAGGAGGAGGAGGAGGAGGAGGACCUGCUGUGGAGGGCUCCCAAGGAGGACCCCGACUACGAGGACGACUUCCUGGAGUACGACCAGGAGCACAUCAAGUUCAUAGACAACAUGCUCAUGGGGUCCGGAGCCUUCGUGAAGAAAAUCUCUCUCUCUCCUUUCUCAACCACUGAUUCUGCAUAUGAGUGGAAGAUGCCCAAAAAGGCCCCCUUAGGCAGCAUGCCCUUCUCGUCCGAGUUUGAGGACUUUGACUAUAGCUCUUGGGAUGCAAUGUGCUACCUGGAUCCUAGCAAAGCUGUGGAGGAGGAUGACUUCGUGGUGGGGUUCUGGAAUCCAUCAGAAGAGAACUGUGGUGUUGACACAGGGAAACAGUCCAUUUCGUAUGACUUGCACACCGAGCAGUGUAUUGCUGACAAAAGCAUAGCCGACUGUGUGGAAGCCCUGCUGGGCUGCUAUUUAACCAGCUGUGGCGAGAGGGCUGCUCAGCUUUUCCUCUGCUCGCUGGGGCUGAAGGUGCUCCCGGUAAUUAGAAGGACUGAUCGGGAAAAGGCCAUGUGCCCUCCGAGGGAGAAUUCCAGCAGCCAACAAAGGACCCUUUCAGGGAGCCGUGCUGCUGCCUCGGUAGCCAGCUCAUGCUCUCCUGUGGUUAAGGACUUGGAAUAUGGUUGUCUGAAGAUUCCACCGAGAUGUAUGUUUGAUCAUCCAGACGCAGAUAAAACACUGAAUCACCUGAUAUCGGGGUUUGAAAAUUUUGAAAAGAAAAUCAACUACAGAUUCAAGAAUAAGGCUUACCUUCUGCAGGCUUUUACACACGCCUCCUACCACUACAAUACUAUUACUGAUUGUUACCAGCGCUUAGAAUUCCUGGGGGAUGCGAUUUUGGACUACCUCAUCACCAAGCACCUUUACGAAGACCCGCGGCAGCACUCCCCGGGGGUCCUGACCGACCUGCGCUCCGCUCUGGUCAACAACACCAUCUUCGCGUCGCUGGCCGUGAAGUACGAAUACCACAAGUACUUCAAAGCGGUGUCCCCCGAGCUCUUCCACGUCAUCGACGACUUCGUGCAGUUCCAGCUGGAGAAGAACGAGAUGCAAGGAAUGGACUCCGAGCUUAGGAGGUCUGAGGAGGACGAAGAGAAAGAAGAGGACAUUGAAGUCCCAAAGGCCAUGGGGGAUAUUUUUGAGUCACUUGCUGGUGCCAUUUACAUGGAUAGUGGAAUGUCACUGGAGACGGUUUGGCAGGUGUACUAUCCUAUGAUGCGGCCGCUAAUAGAAAAAUUUUCUGCAAAUGUGCCCCGUUCCCCUGUGCGAGAAUUGCUUGAAAUGGAGCCAGAAACCGCCAAAUUUAGCCCAGCCGAGAGGACGUAUGAUGGCAAGGUCAGAGUCACCGUGGAAGUAGUAGGAAAGGGGAAAUUUAAAGGUGUUGGCCGAAGCUACAGGAUUGCCAAAUCAGCAGCAGCAAGGAGAGCCCUACGAAGCCUCAAAGCUAACCAACCUCAGGUUCCCAACAGCUGAAAACCCUUUUUAAAAUUUAAAAAAAAGCAGAAUUAAGGUGGAAAAUAUUUAAAUUGAAAAGGAUGAUUUAAAGUUGAUACUGAGCGAAAUGAAUUGAAGGCAGAAUUUAAAGUUUGAUAACAAGCUAGAUUACAGAAUAAAACAUUUAACAUAUGUAUAAAAAUUUUGGAACUAAUCGUAGUUUUAGUUUUUUGCGCAAACACAAUCUUGUCUUCUUUCCUCACUUCUGCUUUGUUUAAAUCACAAGAGUGCUUUAAUGAUGACAGCAAGUGUUCAAAAUAAUUAUUGAGUUUUUUGUUGGUUUGUUUGUUUUAGUUUAAUUUCUGUCACCUUUGCUUAGUGUUAGGAAGCCGCAGAGCUGAAACCUCACAGUCCCUAGAACUAUAUUAGAGCCCUCCUGCCAGUCCUCAUUUUCGUGCAGCCGUGCCAGUCCCACAUAACCGAUAAGCCGAGUAGAAUGAUGCGGUUUGCAAGAGGAGAGGUGUGCCAGUGUCGUCUUUUCUUUCCAUGUUCUAUUGUGUAAGAUGCGGUUCCCCGGUCGCUGUUGCACUUAACUGUAAGGGACAGGUUUCUAAAUAGCAUUGGCUGGCAUGUUGGUGAAUCAGAUUUUAGUGUUCUCAUGCCACAUAGUCUUGCAUAAAAAAGGUUCUUGCCUUAAAAGUAACACUCUCAUGAAUGGUCUUUAAUUUCUGAUCUUUUUGGAACAAACUGUUUUACAUUCCCUUUAUUUUAUUAUGCAUUAGAUGUUGAGACAGCGUGAUAUUUCCAACUCGUUAGUAUAGUUGUAACUUAACUUAUUACAGGAUAUUACAGUUUCUGUCAUAUAUGUACUGAAGACAUUUUAAAAACCAGAAUAUGUAGUCUGGAUUUUUUUUUAAAGCACCACAAUAAAAAUGAUCUUUGGCUAAAUACCCAAUUUUACUAAAAACCUCCCGUUAGGUAGUUCCACUGAUGGAAAUUGUUUGUGGCAAAUAGUUUUGCCCUGUAGGCUGUUUCUCUUACAAAAUAAACUUUAGACAUAUCACACCUAAAAUAUGCUGCAGAUUUUAUAAUUGAUUGGUGACUUAUUUAAAGAAGCAGAACCCAGCACCUUUACCCUUAGUCUUCUCACAUGACUUCUUACUGUACUUUUCACAGUGUUGCAUGCAGAUUUCACCUACCAAAGCUGUGCUGUUAAUGCCAUGAAAGUUUAACGUUUGCGAUAAACUGCCGUAAUUUUGAUACAUCUGUGAUUUAGCUCAUUAAUUUAGAUAAACUAGCUCAUUAUUUCCAUCUUUGGAAAAGAGAAAAAAAGAUAUUUUUAGGCAUUUGCCUAAGUUUCUUUAAUUAGACCCGUAGGCACUCUUCACUUAAAUACCUCAGUUCUUCUUUUCUUUUGCAUGCGUUUUUUUCCCCUGUUUGGUGCUAUGUUUAUGUAUUAUGCUUGAAAUUUUAAUUUUUUUUUUUGCACUGUACCUAUAAUACCUCUUAGUUUACCUUUAUAAAAGCUGUGGGUCGGUUUUGCACUCCCACCAACAUACCAGUAGAGGUUUGCUGCAAUUUGCCCUAUUAAUUAUGCUUGAAGUUUGAGAAAGCUGAGCAGAGGUGUCUAAUAUUUUCCAGCACAUCGUUCUGAACUUGAUGCUUCAUGUCAUGCUGCACUUAUGUUUAAAUUGCAGUUCAAUACUGUACUUCUCGCUUUAUCUGCAGCACCUGCCCCCAGGGAAACACCUCUGCACGUGUCAUACAAAAAACUGUCAGCUCCACUUGCUAAGGAGACCUGAGUGAAGGGCUGUUUAGCUUCUCCAACACUAUUUGUUGUCUCCAAACUUAAACUUAAAUUGAGAUCUAAGUUAUUAAAUGUUUUUGAGCAAAUUAAUUUGGGCGGACUUGUCUUUAAAAUACUGAAUUCUGAUUUGGAACCUUAGAUUUCUGUUUGUUUUUUUAAAAAACCUCAACGUAAGAUCUGGCAAGUUAAAACCAGGCAGUUCUUGAAUUCUAUAACUGUAAACGUGAACAAUGAACAAGUAAGGCUGGAUGUGAACUUUACUCGUGAGGGAGGUGAUUUGCAAUGACUUUGUGUCACAGAUCUCCUGAUAAUUUAUAAACUACCUGAUGCCAGGAGCUUAGGGCUUUGCAUUGUGUGCAGUGCACUAAUCCCAGUGUUAAGGGAUUCUCUCACCUCCUGGCACCGAAAUCAGUUUGUUUCACAGUUACAAUUCCCGUUGGGAGAAAAAUGCCUCAAUAUAUUUUGUAACCUUAAGAAGAGUAUUUUUUGUUAAUACUAAAAAGUUCAGACUUGGAUAUGUUUAGGUCAUACAUUCUCAGGGGUUCAAAUUUCCUGCUACCAUUCAAAAUGUUUUAUCAACAGCAAACUUUAGCUAUUUCAUACUUUUUUUUUUUUGGAGGGGGGGCUGGAGAAAAAUAGCUGAUUUUAAUUUGUGACUCACACUUUGAAGCAUUCUAUGAUCCCCUGGUUCCUACAUGAAAAAAUAAAAACUAUGAGCUAGACAUACGAAACAGUUCUGAACGCUGAUUUUUGUGCUGCUGAUUUUUAAUGCUGUAAAGUUUUCCCCAGUUUAGCUUGUUGAAAGAAAUGUUUUGCAUUCAUUAAUUAAGGAAACAAAAUCACUCUGUCACCCCACUUUCCAGCCGUGUGUGUCAUCCUUUUGUUGCUGUGAUUGCAAUGUGAGACCAAAUGUAAAAUGGACAACCUACUAGUGGGAGGUGUCGUGCGUUACGCAUGCGUGCGAAGGGAAGGGCUGGCGAAGCGGGUCUUGCAAAGCAGCUACAGCAAUUCCUUAUGAUUGUGCGGGAGUUAGGUGGCGUGAGCCUUCACUGUAAAUGUUUUUAAUUUCUCUUUAACACAUUUUUCAGCUGUCCUAACUAUGCUGCGUUUUGUAAUAGCUUUUGUUCCCCUCUCUCCUAUUCAUGUAGCACAGAUGACCAUUGCACUUGGUACCAUGCUUUACCUCAUUUCAAGGAAAAUAUGCUUAACUGAGAGGAAAAAAUGUGGUUUGGCCUCGCUGCUGUUUUGAUUUACCGAAUUUGAAAAAGAGAAUUAUAAUGCCUGCAAUGUGUCAUAUACUUGCACAACUUAAAUAGGUCAUUUUUGUCUGUGGCAUUUUUACUGUUUGUGAAAGUAUGACGAAGAUUUGUUAACUGAACUCUUAAUUAUGUUUUAAAAGUGUUUGUUACAUUUUUUUUUCUUCUUUCUUUUACGUGAUGUGAAGUGAUUACAUUUAGAAUGACCUCUAACACUCCUGUAAUUAUCUUUUUAAAAUACUAAUAUUUUUGUUUUCUUAAUAAUAGCUUGCCCUCAGAAAGGUUCAAGUUACCCUGCUAAACAGCAGGAGACUUGAGGCUACAUUGGUUUUGCUGGUUCAGUUCAUAAAUACAAUUAUUCACCUAGCCGUCAGCUCUUUGAGUCAUUACCUGAAAUCAGGCAGUGACUGCAGAGGACAGAGAAUCAUCAAAACCCAGACCUACCACAGUUCAGGCUUAAGGCCCAGACUUAAAACUUUAUAUCUUGCUCUGUUAGGAUAUCUAUCCCUUUAUACGAAAUUUAUGCCACCAAACAGACCUGGAUAUUUUUAUUUAAACGGCAUCUGAAAUAGGGUAAGACUCCUUAACCAGUUUGUUAUUCACGAAAGAGAACUUCAUGUCAUGUUUAGUUACCUGUAUGGUUAUUUUAAUUAACAUUUACAUAGGUCUAUUUUUUUCAACCACUGAUCAUUUUUCAGGAAUUUAAUUAUUUCCAAAUAAAUUUCUUUAUAUUGUACAUGAAAAGUUUUUAAGAUAUGUCGAAGACCAAGAAUAUUAAAAUGAUUUUAAAAGUUGUUGGAGACGCCAGUAGCAAUAUCUAGGGAAUUUGCAUUGAGACUAUUGUAUUUUCCACUAGCAGUGAAAAUGACCUUGCAAAACGAACUUGUAAAUAUAUUUUAAUCAUUAAUUGCUUUUUUUUUCCUAGUCCAUUUUUAUUUGGAUGUUAACCACAGACAAUUUCAAUUUUAUGGAUGCGUUUCGAGUUCACUGCAGCGGCAGGUUGCAGAACAAAAAUGCAAAGGUGAACAGGAAGUAAUGUUUCUGGCUUUUCUGCUGUAAAUAGAGUGAAGGAGGAUGACUAAAAUCAAGUAAAACUAACAUGUAAUUUGAUCGACAAUACAGUAUCUACCAUCACAUGCUGCAGCUGUUUUUAGGGAACACGAUGUAACUCAUGCACACAGUAAGCGCGCUACGGAAACUUGCGGUCUGCACCUAUGGGUCACAAUUAUACCUUUAGUCAUUUUUUUGUAAUAAUUGUAGCCAAGUAAAUCUCCAAUAAAGUUAUGGUCUGUUCA